AUGGGUACUGAAGUACUGUAUGUCUUACGGAGGCUACGAGUAAGCAACUCAGCAUACAUCCAGGUACCGGAUGAUUUCACAAACCAGUCAAUGUCUCGCCCACCUGUCCGCUGGAUCUGCUCUCGCGUCAGUCAAGUCAGCAAGUCACUCCCAUCCUCCCAUCCUCCCAGUCCCGUCAAGCCACGCCGUUGUCGCUGGGACACGAAAGGGGCAGAGCAACCCAGGCAGGUUGAGUCUCCACCCUUCAAUUUGCGAUCUCUCCAAUGUAUCCAAUCAAAUCCCUUUUCUGGCCAGCCUCCCGUCCCCAAGGGAUCCACUUCACCCGUGGGUGAUGCUGAUUCGGGAUCCUUGAUGGUCCAGUCCAACUGA